GGUAGUUCGGGUGUCGUCAGUUAGUCCACAAAGUACCCUCAACCUGUCAAUAUCGUCUCCUUCCUUUCGUUCGGGAUUCAGUUUUUUCGGUUUGUUUCUGUUAAGUUUCAACUUUCUGUUCUCGAUCAAUCCUUCAGUUAGUUACUCGACACCCGAGGAGACCGAGAGCGAAAAAAAAAUAAUAAAAGGGUCGAACCUCUUCCCUUUUUGAUUUCGGAACUGAUCAAAUUACCACCCAAAAGUGCGUUAGGAAAGAUGCUUCUCUAGAGCAGGAAAAAAACAAGUGGAUCCUGUCUGGAGGUGUUUUUUAUUGCGCAAAAUGCGGAUUUUCGAACGGCUGGAGCACCUCAGGAGCCACAUGGAGUUCACGAAAAAUGAUCAUGCGCUUGAGUGAGCUGUGGUGUACCGCCGACAAAAAGUGCCAAUUUCUCUGGAAGGGGUCAAAAAGUUGACGAAUAUUCAAAGCUGUAGGGAUGCUAAGGGAGAAAAGUUUAUAAAAAAGCUUUCCAACACAAUAACAGUGUGACGCGUGAAAAUGGAAUUCGGAAGUUUGUAAAAGUGUAUAAUUUUUAAGAGAAAUGAGAUACGAUGAAAGAUUCCGUUGAGUUUAUUAAUGGCUUAGUGUGUGCGUUUCUAAAAAUUCAAAUUCCAAACCCAUAAUAUUCAAUAUAAUUUAGGAUAAGCUGUGCGUACAAAAAUAUAAUUUCAAAGAUUCCGCAUUCUUCGGUAGGGGAAAACUCCUGCAGCUAUAGCAACGCGAGAAAGAAUUAUCAUCAUUCCCCGUUCCACCUUCCUACCCCACCUUCGCAACCGCCCUAGCAACGCGCUGGUGUUUCGAGGGUGGAGCUAUGUAUAUAUCAUGCAGUGCCAGCACCGGUAGCACAACUCCCAUGGAACCGGAAACGGGAUACGUUCCGAACAAUCCCCUGUUCGGAAUUCCCCUCGACAGUCCGCAGGAAUGUCCAUCGUCCUGCGGCGGGAGCGGUUGUCCUAGCUGCCAGGAGGCAGGCAGCGCCAUCGCCCUUCCCCUUCCCGGGCUUCUGCACGGAUCGGAUUACGUGUCGGACUGCGGAAACUGUCUCGACCACAACGGUGCUCUCGGUCCACAGACCAAUCUAAACAACUACUGGAGUGAAGAUAUGAGUACGUUCCCGGGCCUACAACCGCUGGAUAUCGACCCGUUGCCGAGUUUGUUUCCCUUCUCGCCGUGUGGGGCUGCUGCCGCUGCCGCUGCUGCUGCCUCCUAUAGUCGUCCCGAGCGCCCAUCACACGACGUGGCAGACGUGCUACUAUCGCUGAAACACGCCGUACUAAAGCAGAGUCCGGACCCUCAGCAUCACAUGCAAUCACCCUCGCCCAGCUGUCCGAUUGUUCCUGGUUCCGUCUCGGCUGGUGCUGGUGCUGGACCACAAGCUUCACUCUCAUACACCGUACAUCCCCACCAGAUGCUCCUGUCGCCGGUUGGACACCAUCACAACAGCUCGCACUACAGUCAAUCAGCUCAAUCGCAAUCGGGAGGAUCAUCCGGGUAUCCCUCGAACUAUUACGAAACGUCCUGUGCACAACAUUCAACGCCCAUCUAUCCAAGUAUGAGCGUCAACGUCAGCAUGAACAUGACGAUGCACGGUUACGGUGCAGCAGAUGGCAACAUGCCUGGAAUGCAGUGUUCCCAGAUGCAAUGGGGGCCACAGACGCCAUCAUCCUCGGUUAACGUACUUUACCCACCUCUACUGAGUCCGGUUCCCUAUCCUACUGGUGCUACCUAUUCAUUCACAGCCGACUUCAGGCCACCGAAUUCGUCAUCGCAGAACCUUUCGCCGUUACUGGAAUCUUCCAAAACCAACAGUUCGCCCGCUUUCCAAAAAUCCUACUAUCAACCAUCCAGUGCGGACUACUCUCCACCAAAGAGUCCUCCGGAAUUCGAAAGUACCGAUUUCCAGCUCAAAAUGAAAACCGAAAAAUCACUUGGCAUCAGCUAUGAGGAAGAGGACGGCAGCGGCAGCGACGGCCAAAGUGGAGACAAUAAACCGAACCUUUGCCGGUUGUGCGGGAAAACCUACGCUCGACCCAGCACACUCAAAACGCACCUCCGGACCCACUCGGGCGAGCGGCCAUACCGGUGUUCGGACUGUAGCAAAAGCUUUAGCCAGGCCGCCAACCUGGCUGCACACAUCCGUACGCACACCGGACAGAAACCGUUCCGGUGUCCCAUUUGCGAUCGACGGUUUUCGCAAAGCUCGAGCGUCACAACGCACAUGCGAACCCAUUCCGGCGAACGGCCCUACAGGUGCCGGGCGUGCAAGAAAGCCUUCUCCGAUAGCUCGACACUGACCAAACAUCUUCGAAUACACAGUGGCGAAAAACCGUACCAAUGCAAACUGUGCUUAUUGAGAUUUUCUCAAUCCGGAAAUCUUAACAGACACAUGCGCGUCCAUGGAACGAACGGACAAGCACUGAUGACAUGACGACAAAAACAAGCGCAUCAAUCUCUACAACCUCUUCCGCCACCCCCGGGUUCGUUGCAGCAUCCGUUGGCCACUACGGCAGCUGGUAGCAAUUUUCUUCACCACCAUCAUCAUCCCUAUCACCAUCACUACCAACUGCCACCAUCGACAGGACAAAACCAAUUGUCACCCAGUUCGACACUCCAUCAUUAUGCCGCCGCAAACCAUCGGCCGGCAUCGUCGACGACCUUUUUGGGACCAGGACCAGGAAGCGGUUCAAGAGCACUGUCCCCAGCCACAGGUUCCGCCGUUGGAACAACCGUGUCCGGAGGCAAUUCCGGUGGCAGCCAGUACGGUUCCGGAAGUGUUAGCACCACCAACAGUGCUAGCUCAUUCUCGUCAGCUGCCGCUGCUGCCGUGGCCGCUGCAGCCGUCAGCAGUUCCUACAACGGGUUCAACUUCAAACCAUUCGCUGCUCCACCCACCGGGCAUAAUCAUCAUCAUCAUCACCACCAUCAUCAGCUGUCCUACUUCGAGGAGUAUCAUCAUUAUCAGCAACAGCGCAACAAAUAUGACGAUAUAAGCUUGUUUAGGAACAAUUUUGUAAAUAUAUUUUAAGCCAACCCAUGACUUAUUUAGGAAUUGUUGUAAGACUAAAUUUCUCCUUUGUCUAUAAGCGGAUUUUACAAUCCUUCAUAAAACUUCUUUGAAUUUUUCGAGCUCUUCGAAUGCAUGUCUUAGAAGUAAUACAUCGUCUAGCUUUUGAAAGAAAACUAUUAACUGUCUGAUAGUCAAUCGUUCAUCAAUGGAAAUCCGUACAUUCUAGUCAAUCGGUUGGUACUGCAUAAUAAAUCUAUAGAUAACAUCGUUUUUACUUUUUGUAUAAUCAACAAAGAUGUUAGAUAACUGUAAUUAUACAAAACAUUUGUCUCAAUAAAGCUCAUCGAUUGUGUAACUUGCAGAGAUGAAAGAAUUUACAAACAGUAACAACAAAAUCUGUAAAAUCAUACUGGAUGAAGAAACACAGCCGAAUAUUUCGUAUAAGCCCAAUACAUGCAAUUCAUUGUUAAAAAAUAAGGUUGACUACUAGGUUAACUGGAAGUAACAGAAACUACAAUAAAAAUGAUAAAAACACCUCGUACGGAUAAUCGACUGCAGAAGAAGCAUAACUGUGUGUGACUUGAGGAUACUAGUUUCGAUCAAAUAAAAUACAAGUAAAACUCGUUGAUAUAAAA